AUGAGAGUGAUCAAAGUCUCUUCCUUCCUAAGAGCGGGUUCCCUAUUCCUCGACGUCAUGGAAGAGCUGUUCAGCAAGUCCUCCCUCCGGUCCUACCUCGCCGAGUUCGUCUCCACCUUCAUCUUCGUCUUCGCCGGCGUCGGCUCCGCGAUCUCCGCCGGCAUGUCGGCGAUCCCCACAGCUGGCGCCGCCGGUGAGAACUGCCACGUCCUGGCGGUGGCCGUAGCGCAUGCUUUUGCCCUGUUCGCGGCAGUGUUCAUGUCGGCGCAUAUAUCCGGUGGCCACGUCAACCCGGCAGUCACGGUCGGGCUGGUGAUGGGAGGUCACGUCGGCAUUUUGAGCGGAGUUUGUUUCUGCUUGGCUCAGCUCUUGGGUUCCACCAUAGCUUGUGUCCUCUUGAUGCUCCUCACCGCAGGCCAGGCAAUACCGGUGGGUGGGUUAGCUCCACAUGUGACGAGCAUGGGCGGCGCGGCGACGGAGUUCAUCGGGACGUUCGCUCUCGUCUACACGGCCUGCGCCGCGAGAGACCCGAGAAAGGGACCGCACGGGAUAGCGGGCCCCACGGCGAUCGGGUUUGUGUACGGAGCGAACUUCAUGCUGACCGGGCCGUUCACCGGCGGGUUCAUGAACCCGGCUCGGUCUUUUGGGCCAGCAGCAGUCACCGGGGACUUCAGCCACCACUGGGUUCAUUGGGUUGGGCCCAUUUUGGGAGGCGGCCUAGCCGGGUUGGUCUACGAGAGCUUCAUGUCACAGGGCAGCGUCGAUGACCACGCUAGUGAUCAAGCCAAUGUGGUUUAAGGGUUUUCUAGAUUUUAGAUUGCUGAAGGUGGUUAAAAUCUUUCGAUUCUUUGAUUUGCUCUUUUGACGUCGUUGCUACGAAUACAUGCCUAGGCCUUUUGUAAUUACGAUGGUUAUUGUUUUUGGAUAAUUUGCAUUUGCUUUAAUCU